AUGCGUUGGCUAGACAGAAGAUACAUACAUAGGGCAAAAACAAUGAGUCUCAAGUUCAUUCUAUUAAUAGCUUCACUUGUACUUUUAUGUAUCGCAUCGUCUGAUUCGGCAAUCCUUCCAUUUCUCAGAAACCAGAAACUUCUCAAUGAAGAAGUUGGAAAAAUUCACAUUCACAAAGAAAACAAGAUCAGCGUAAAAGUCAGCCGUUCACCUCCUGCCAAAGGCAGAAAUUGCUGCAAUGAUUAAAAGAAGCUCUGCACAAUAUUCCCAACAUCAUCAGAGCUUAAAUAUGUAAAAGACUAUUUGCUCAUUAUUGUAUUAGUUUCAGUGGUAAAAUGUAAUUGUUAAAACAAGGUAUGUUUUCAACUUUCCAAAUUUUUUGUUUCUCCUCCUGUAAACACACUCUUACUCAUCCGCCUUGUUGUCAUCUCCGUAAAAUCUAUUGUAUGUUUAGUUUA